AUGGACCAAGGCGAUUAAUUAUAUAAUGAGUAUCAAUAGAAGAAUCUGAAUAGAGCACCACAACAAAAAAAAAAUAGAAACCAAUACUUCGUUUGCUUUUCUAAUUCGAAUUAAUAUAUAGAUUAAUUAUUCCACUUAUUGAAUUGCAACAAUCAACAAUUGAAUACUAAAAUAUGGAGUAUCUUGCAAAUGAUUCCCAGUAAUUAGGAAGUAUAUUAAUUGAUUGAAUAAUCGCAGAAUGAUUGGAGUAAGUUGCUAGUUGUUGGUAACAAAUAUCGAUUACAAUAUCAUUUACAAAUAUUAAGGGAAUAAUUGUCAUGUGAUUGUGUAGAAGAUGAAGAUAAUUACAGAAUAUUGAGAUAUAAUUUCAUAUUUGAAAUGCACAACAAUUAUUCACUCUACCCAGUGUAUAAGAGGAGUAAUACAAGGAAGAGAGCUUUUGAUUUAUUGUUAGAGUUAAGCAAAGUCUAAAUGCAUCUCUAUUAAAUACUAGAUCUAAUUCAAAUCAAUCAGCAAACCAGAACAAGUUCUCAAGAAUUAAAUUCGGAAUUUGGCAUCAAAAGAGAACAUGGAUUUGUAUGUCUCUAUAUAGAAAUGGUGUGCUGUUACAAGGUCUUGGAGAAUUCUAAAUUUUAUUAUUGA